ACUUAUAGAAAGAAAAAGGCCGUUUGUUUCCGUAAGCUUUGCAAAUUUUGUCGGGUUAAGAUUAAGAUAAGUUUCGGCAAAAUCCUGGUUUUUUAAAAUCAUAUUUUUGUUGUUUGUUAGUUAAAUCUUUUACUCUAUAUAUUUUACCUGAGUUAACUUUUAAAAUAUGCCAUCUAUAAAUGGAUUUCCUGUUGGCCCUAUGGGGUUUGGAUUGAUGGGUUUUACUUGGAGAACCGAGCAGACUCCUGAUGAACAAGCAUUUGAAGUAAUGGACUAUGCAGUAGAGCAUGGAGUCACAUUUUGGAACGGUGGUGAAUUCUACGGAAUGGAUCCUCCUACAGCAAAUUUGAUGCUGUUGGCUCGCUACUUUAAAAAGAGACCGGAAAAUGCCAACAAGGUGUUUUUGUCGAUCAAGGGUGGUAUUGAUGAGACCUUCGCCCCACGUGGUGACGAAGAGAGCAUUAGCAAGAGUGUCAACAAUGUAUUGAAACAUCUUGACGGUACCAAAAAGCUUGAUUUGUUCGAAUGUGCUCGUGUUGAUUCCAGUGUGCCUAUCGAGGAACAAAUGAAGAUUCUUAAAAAGUUUGUGGAUGCAGGAAAGAUUGGUUGCGUUGGCUUAAGUGAAGCAUCUGCCGAUACCAUUCGUCGUGCUCACAGUGUUCUGCCCAUAGCGGCCGUCGAAGCUGAAUACUCUUUGUUGUCUCGUGACAUCGAAGAAAACGGUGUUUUGUCUACUUGCAAGAAUCUGGAUAUUCCUGUUAUUGCCUAUAGCCCCAUCGCCCGCGGUUUACUUACGGGAACUGUCAAAAAGGCAGAGGACUUGCAACGUUUUACAAACGCCUUUCCCUUUCUUAACUACUUGGAUCGGUUCCAACCGGAAGUAUUUGAAAAGAACCUCAAUUGCAUUCAAGCUCUCGAAGCCCAGGCAAAAUCUUAUAACCAAACACUCCCCGAGAUGGCUAUCAGUUUCCUGAUUGCCGUGGGUGAAGGCAAGGUAAUUCCCAUUCCAGGAGCUACACAUGUAGGUCGUCUUGAACAGAAUUUGAAGGCCGUUUCUAAGCCAUUAUCUGCAGCCCAAGUAAAGGAAAUUUAUGCUACCUUGCACAAGUUUCCCGUUGCCGGUUAUCGCUAUAAUGAACAGUUAGAAACUACACUUAAUGUCUAAGGGUGGUUUUUCCUACAUGAUAUAAAAUAGUAAGUGAUGAUUACCCUUAAUACUAGUUUAUAAAGUUCUUAAAUUGAACGUUAGUUAUUCAUUUUGGAUAUUUUUCAUAGAACAAAUCUACCACAGCAAUGUAUACAUCAAUGGUUCCAGCGACCUUACUUUAGUCGUCAUUCCUUGCCGUGUGGAUUUAAUUUUGUUGUCAAUUUCAUUCUAUCAAUGAUAGUAAGGACACUUGUAUUGUUGUGAAGGAUACAGCUUCUUCUUUUAUGUAACUAUAUAUAGCAAGAAUUAAAUUAAUUUCUGUAACUUUUUCUCAUUAAUCAAUUCAGAUGUGUCAACUUGUGUAUAGC